GCUCUAUACGACGCCUUCCACGCCUUUGGAGGCGACAGGAAGGUUGGUACCGAUUCGGCGAAGAUGGAGAACGCCCGGGCAGCUAUGCUAGAGGUUGACAUCCCUGUUCCACUGGCCUUCGACCUCACAUACCAUCGGGCGAGGGCUCUCGACUUGGCCACGUUCCAGCAUGUCGACACUCUGAUUGACUUCCUUUCCCCAGCUCCAAAAGGAUUUCUCACUUCGGACAUGUUCGAGCUGCCUGCUGGCCCGCCCGUUGGCGGGGAAGAGCAGAGUGCGAUUUCGCCCGAUUCCUUCGCCAACUCCUUGGAGGAUGUCGCCGCGGAGUGCCUGCAGGUGUUUGGGAAGACUUGCGUGGACAAGAACGACACUCUCGUCGAUAAGGCGGUGCAGAGUCUCGGCGAGUUCGCAUGGGGGGUGUCCUGCAGCGAUGUGCAGUUGUCGGCCGAAGCUAAGCACGAUUUCAUGAUGUUGGCCACGGCGCUCGGCUGCGCCCCAGCCCCCGGUGAUGACGAUGAUGCUGUUCAGCGUCUUUCGCCCUCUGAUGCGAUCGCUGGCAUCAGGGAUAAGCUCAACGAGUCUGGCAGCGCCCUGCUUCCCUUCUUGCGCCAGCCCUACUGCGAGUCGAUCUUGGCGGCGCGCGAGGCGGAUAUCAAGAAUGCUGACGGCUCGCAGGAUCGUUGGCCAUUCUAA